AUGCAGAAAACCAGCUAUAAAGCCGGAGAAACUAUGUAUACAUCACCAGAAAAUUUGGCCGAAACUAUUGCUUUACAGCAGCGACUUCUAAGACAAUCGCUAGCUAAGCAGACUCCAAAAACGAUUGCUCAAACUUCCUCUGCUGCCAACGCUGAAGAGCAGCAGUACGAGUGGAAGCUGAAGCGUCGGUCUGACGGAAGCAAAUACAUCACUAAAAAGCCAGUACGAAGUAGGUUAUUGAAAGAACGGGAAAAGCAACUUAAUAAGGAAAGAAGCGGUAUCACAACAGACGAUGACGCAAUGAGUGAAUUGAAAACAGGGCGAUUCUGGAGUCGUGAAGAAAGGAAGAAACAUUUGGAAAAAGCCAAGGAGAGAAAACUGAGGCAACACCAGCUGAUUGCCGAAAAACAGCAGUUACCAUCGGAUCAAAUUAUUGUACAAUUGUCGCAUAAAAAAAUGAUGCGUAAGGAAGGAAGGCAGGUGUUCGACAAAUAUGCAACACUACAAGAAUUUUUGGCUCACGGUAUCCGUGGACCAACGAAUCGUCUCAUUGAAGGUGUACUUUCAGUGACCACUGUCUGA